AAAUUCUUUCCCGCGACAUUGAAAUCAAUGGCCAAAAGAUGGUACCACAAGUUACCUAGACAUUCUAUAGCCUCCUAUUCAAAACUCACCACUUUGUUUUCAAACAAGUUUGCGAGUCAAAGAGAAAUUAAGCGCACCGCUGCUAAGCUGAUGCAAGUUCAUCAGAAGAAGAGAGAGUCUUUAAAGGACUAUAUGCAACGGUUCAACAAGUCCACUUUGGACAUUGAUAAUGUCCUUGAUACCAUCUGCUUAUCCGCCUUGUUCCAUGGCCUCAAACUUGGCCGGUUCCUUGACGACCUGCUAGAGAAUCCACCUAAGUCAUGGAAUGAAGUAAAUGAUAGAUACAACAAUAGGUCAAGAGACCCCCUCCCCAAACACAUGAUUCCUCACAAGCUGACAGGAGCGAGUCAAUACUCGUCCGAACCUAACAGAACUUAUACAGGACGCCUUUCAAUAGACGAGGGUAGGGACAAAAAACAUCGGCACAAAAUCAAAAGGACCAUAGAGGUGUUGGAUAAAGUGGGAUACCCCUACCCAUCUGGCACAAUCAAUAUGAUCUUUGGUGGCAUGCAUUUAGGAGGCCAAAGUGCUCGAGGUUGUAAAGUUUAUGCUCAUCAAGUAAUGGCAGUAAAUAAGAAUAGACCUCUGAAACGCCCUUUUGAAGAAGCAGAAUGGGAAAAUGCACCAAUUACAUUUAGCCCAGCCGAUUACAAACGGUCAGAGGAAGAACCACACGUUAUGAUGCCCCAUGCUAACCCCUUUGUGGCGAUAGUUCAUAUUGGCAAUCAUAACGUCAACAAGGUCUUUAUAAACAUGGGCAGCUCUUCUGACAUCCUUUAUUGGAGCUGUUUCUAUAAGAUGCAGCUAAACCCGAACUCUUUGAGGAAGUAUAUGGGGCAGAUAUACGGAUUUGAAAACCAGCCCAUCCAUGUUAAAGGAGUGAUUACCCUUCCCAUCUACGUGGACACUUUUAAGAACGUCGAGCUCGCAAUAACUCCCAAGACCCUUGGUGCAAACGUUUCUAGACCAAGUCAGCCAGGUCAACAGACAAUGAGCAUAUCUAACAUAAACCAUCGACCUGAGAAUGUGGAGCAGAAGGUUGAACCAGUAGAACCGGUUGAAACGGUUCCUUUAAGCCUACAUGAACCAGAUAAAACAGUGAAAAUAGGAACCAAACUCACACCGAAAGAAAGAACUGAGCUCCUAGAAUUUUUGAAAGAUAAUAGGGAUGUAUUUGCAUGGACAACGGAUGAAAUGCCUAGCAUACCAACAAAGUUUACAGUCGACAAGCUCAGUAUAGAUCCCACCAAGAAGUCGGUGGUUCAAAAGCGUCGCCUUGGUGCUGAACGAAAUUAUCCAAUAGCUGAAAAGGCUGCUUUUGCACUCAUCUGCACCGCUCGAAAGCUAAGAGCAUACUUUCAAUCCCAUGAGAUUAUUGUCUACACUAACUUGCCACUACGAAAGAUACUACAGAAGCUGGAACUAUUUGGUUGGCUGAUUGGAUGGGCGGUCGAGCUGAGUGAAUACGACCUUAAAUUUCAACCGUGCACAACCAUUAAGGGCCAAGGUUUAGCAGAUUUCUUGGUAGAAUGUAGAUCGACGGCUGCAGAAGAAACCACACAGCCGCACCCCGUGUGGGCUCUGUAUGUGGAUAGGGUAGCCAAUGUUGAAAGAUCAGGAACGAGAGUAGUGCUACUAGGUCCAGAUGGCUUCCAGUCUGAGCAUGCCCUGAGGUUUAAAUUUCAGACAACGAACAAUGCCGUUGAAUACGAAGCACUCAUUUACGGUCUGAAGUUGGCCUUCAAGCUAAAAGCAUAGAGCUUAAGAGUCUUCAAUGACCCUCAACUUGUAGUAAAUCAAGUAAAUGGAAGCUGUGACAUUAGAGACCCUCAGCAUAGUCGAUACCUGUCUGUGGUCAAUAAAUUGAAAUCAAGCUU